CAUGCGCGCUCUGCAGAGGACGUUGUUAUCCUCUUAUCCCCAUCCGCACAAACAUUCACAAAUAUCCAGCGGUGGAUUUAUUCUUCACACAUCCUGCAGGUGAAGAUGUCCUCCUGUGUCCUGCUCACUGCCCUCUUUGCUCUUCCUCUUGCUGUGGGUUGGGUCGUUCUGGGUGAAAGAGAGGAAGCCCAGAUGGUUUGUUCCGGGAGGGAAUUUCGUCUGCCUGUGUACUCAACAUCCAGAACGGUGACUUUUACACCAGACCAUGACGGGCCGAGGCGCGUCCUGCUGGACAAAACAACUGUAAAGGAGCCGCGGUUUGAGUGGACCAGAGAUAAGAUGCUUGUCCUCAGAGAAGUGGCUCAUGAUGAUCAGGGACUUUACGCCAUCAAACUAGCUUCUGGAUUCACGUACGAGACUGUUCAUUUGACUGUUUCAGAAUGCAUUAAGUCCUACCACAGAAACUAUGGGGAGAACUUUGAGCACAGCAUUCCUGAGAAUGGCUCUCUACUGGAGUUUUCUCCCCGGGGUGCUCCACCUGAGGCCAUGCCAGUUGUGCUGUGGAACCGGACAAACCCUGAGACCAGCGAAGUGGGCCGGGGCCGGCUGCUGAGGAACGGGAAGGUCUGGGUGGCUGAGAGAGUGACGCAAGCAGACCAAGGCAACUACACUGUGCGAGACGGCAGGGGGAAGGUCCUGUCCCGCAGCACCCUCACUGUCCGCGGGCACUCCUUCAAUGUCACCCGCUUCACCAAGGAGUCUCUAAACCUGCCCCUCUUUCUUCCUGUCCUUCAUGCCCAUCUCAUAUUCACCCCCACCCGAUACCCUGAUGAAUCCUCCCUGGGCCCCUUUGACCCCAAGCCCCCCCGUGGCCCUGUGCAGCUGAUCCGUGAGGGCCAUAUAACGGACCAUGACAUGCGCUACAGGGGCCUCAUCUCUCUGGGCAGAAACGGCACCGUCAACGAGGUCGUUAUCGGGAGGCUGACCUCAAGGCAUGAUGGGGUGUACGAAAUCAGAGAUGGAGAUGGCAACCUGGUGUCUUCCACCUGGUUGCAGGUGAUUGAAAAGGGAGGCAGAUGGCGAGCACUCCUCAAAUCUAUCACUGUCCCUUCUGGGAUGUUUGUGUCACUGGCUGGUUUCAUCCUGUUCAUGAAGCGAUACCCAAACUGCAGCCUUUCGCAGAUCAUCACCGGCCUCAGAGCAAACCGCACGCCACCAACAAACCCGCCAAGGGUCAACAUCCAGGACUACAGCCAGCCCAGCCCUCAGCCCUCAGGAUACUACAGUCACUCUCAGCAGCCUGGAACACCAAGAAAAUGGACCCCGAGAGCCAGUCCUACUCAUAGCAGUUACAGUCCAGUUAGGGUGGGAACUCCGAGAGCUGAGAACCAGGAAGCAAGAAGAUUAUCCGCCAGGAGCUCCCCUCACCAUAAUGCAGCUACUGAGCAGGACCAAUCUCAGAACCAUGAAGAGGAGAGAAGGAUUUCCUUUUCCAUGCCUGGGGCUUCAGACUGCCUCCACUCUUCUGAGGACUGUGUUCAAUUCCAGAUCAAGAAGGAUGGAGAUAAACAAAAGUGGAGCAAAUCACAAGGAUACUUUUCCGAGCUGCCACUAGACACGGACACCUCUGAAAGCUGCAGUGUUUACACCUCAGAGAAACUGAACUUCUUAUAAAACGGAAAGAGUUGGAGCUGAGGGAAGAAGUCAUGAAGAAAACUACAGUACUGGAUUCUCAUGUGGAGAAAUCUGUUUUGGAAAAGAAUGACCUCACCUGUGCCUUUUGCAUCCUAGCCUAGUUUAAAUAGUUUGGUAUCAAUAUUGCAUGUAAUUUUUCCAUGUACAUUUCUGAAGCAUAUGUUGAGCAUUAGCCUUUCUGUCUCAUAUUACACAUUUCUUGACACUGUUGAUGAUGCAUCUGAAAUCUCCUGCUGUUACCUACCUCCAGACCCUCAGGACCAGAAAGAUCUGCACUGUAUUUGCCGAGUGUUGGUACGAGUGUGUUUGUGAUGUGAUCUCUAGGGCUAUGUAGAAAUUAGAGUUGUGAUACAGAUGUUUGCAAAAGGGAAUUCUUCAGUACUGUACAGUAAUAUGGAGUUAGUUGACCUGUUUUUCUCCAUCCAUCAUGUUACCAAUCUCUUAAUGCAACAAUUAAUCAUCAAGUUAAGUGUCUGCUCUGCUGUUCGGUGAUAUUUUGCAAUGAUAUUGUGUAUUUGCCCUUGAGGUACUUGUAGUGAUAUCUAUGUGAAAUGUAACAUGUUCCACCAAAUAUUGCAAUAGCCUAUUAAUCUAUGAAUAUUGUGUACAGGAUAAUAUCUUAUCACCUAAUCUUUCAAGUGACAAAAGAAGUUGGGCUAACCUUAAUUAUAACCCUUAAAGUAUUUUUGGACUAUUAAAAUGUAAUGUCUUAAAUAAUAAAAUAAAUAAAAUAUAUC